AAUGAAGUCGAACAAGAAGAGACGUUCCUUCUCCCGGACUUACAGAAAAACGAAGUCGAACAAGAAGAGAGGUGGAGGAGGAGGGAGAGCGGUUUAGGAAGGGAACUGUGAAGAUGAUGACGGUUGAUCUGAGCGCCUUCUCGGAGGAGAAAUUCGACCCAAAGCGGUGGAUCAACGCGGCGUGCGGGUCACGGGACCCGCAGGACUCCGUGGACAAGCACCUCGCCGACCUUGAGAUGAAGCUGCAGCUCCUCUCCGAGGAGAUCGCCUCCUCCCUCGAUGAGCAGAGCGAGUCCGCCCUCCUCCGCAUCCCUCGCUCCACUAGAGACGUUGUCCGCCUCCGGGACGAUGCUUGUUCUCUCCGGUCCGCCGUCUCCGUCAUCCUCCAGCGCCUUAAGAAGGCAGAGGGUUCGUCAGCAGAGUCAGUUGCUGCUCUAGCUGAGAUUGAUAUGGUGAAACAGCGAAUGGAAGCUGCAUAUGAAACGCUACAGGAUGCUGCAGGACUCACUCAGUUAAGUGCAAGUGUAGAGGAUGUAUUUGCUAGUGGUGAUCUCCCUCGAGCUGCUGAGACUUUGGCCAACAUGAGGCACUGCUUAUCUGCAGUUGGUGAGGUUGCUGAGUUUGCAAAUGUUAGAAAGCAGCUUGAAGUGCUAGAGGAUAGAUUAGAUUCAAUGGUUCAACCUCGCUUAUCAGAUGCAAUAUCAAAUCGCAAGGUUGAUGAAGUGCAAAGUUUCAGAGAUAUCCUUAUUCGCAUUGGUCGAUUGAAAUCUGUGGAACUUCUUUACACAAAAAUUCACAUAAAGCCAAUUCGGCAACUUUGGGAUGAUUUUGACUCUCGAAAAGGAUCAAAGGGAACCAACACUGUUGAGAGGCGUGUCAGUGCAACUGAUUUAGUAUCUAACCCUUCCUCACUCCUGUUUGCCAGCUGGUUACCAAGCUUCUAUGAUGAACUUUUACUGUAUCUUGAACAGGAAUGGAAAUGGUGCAUGACCGCUUUUCCUGAUGAUUACAGAAUUCUUGUGCCAAAGCUACUAGUAGAGAUCAUGGCAGCCUUAAGUACAAGCUUUUCUACCCGUAUUAAUCUUGCCACCGGCGAGGUGGUUCCAGAGACAAGGGCAUUAACAAAAGGUAUACUGGAUAUCUUGUCUGGAGAUGUUUCAAAAGGAGCUAAGUUACAAACGAAGCAUCUAGAAGCACUGAUGGAGCUGCAUAAUAUGACUAGUGCGUUUGCCAAGAAUAUUCAGCACUUGUUCUCAGGUUCUGAUAGCCAAGUCAUACCCCAAGCUUUAAAAGCUGUGUACUCUCCGUAUGAACCUUAUAAACAAAGGUAUGGACAAAUGGAGCGUGCCAUACUUUCUUCAGAGCUUGCAAUGUUAGACCUCAGAGGGGCUGUUGCACGUGGUGUGGGAGCACAAGGGAUUGAACUCAGUGAGACAGUUCGAAGAAUGGAAGAAUCGAUUCCCCAGGUAAUUGUGAUUCUUGAAGCGGCGGUUGAGAGAUGCAUCAGCUUUACUGGGGGUUCUGAAGCUGAGGAACUUGUCCGGGCAAUUGAUGAGACCAUGCUCCAAUACCUGUCCAACCUACAGGAUACCUUGAAAUCAUUGAGAACUGUGUGCGGUCUGGACAGUGUUGUUAAGAAAGACGGCCCUGGUCAGAAAAGAGAGACUGGACUGGACAAAAAGGAUGGAACUGGUCCACUCCUCGUUGAUGUAGUGUCAGAUGAGGAGGAAUGGUCCAUUGUCCAAGGUGCAUUGCAGAUUUUAACUGUUGCUGAUGGUCUAACAAGCAGAUCAUCAGUAUUUGAAGCCUCUUUACGUGCUACACUUGUCAGGCUCAGUACUAGCUUAUCUCUCUCAGUUCUUGGACCAGCUUUUGAGCAGCUUCACUUAUCUGCUGAUGACAUCCCUUCAAAUGCCGAAUCAUUCCUUUCUGGGAAGGGAGCCCUGGAUAUUGCAGUUCUACGCCUUACUGAUGUGCCUGAGAAAGCGAAGAAACUUUUCAAUCUUCUGGAACAGUCUAAGGAUCCACGAUUCCAUGCACUUCCACUUGCUUCCCAAAGGGUGGCUGCAUUCUCCGAGCUGGUGAAUGAGCUUGUUUAUGAAGUACUAUUAUCAAAAGUACGUCAACGGCUAAACAACGUGGCUCACCUGCCUAUUUGGUCUUCUGUUGAGGAGCAAGGUGGAUUCCCCAUCCCAACUUUUAGUGCCUAUCCACAAGCUUAUGUAACCAGUGUUGGCGAGUAUCUUCUUACAUUGCCUCAGCAAUUGGAGCCACUUGCUGAAAAUGUAGCCAAUGGUGAAACAAAUACCGAUGAAGCCCAAUUCUUUGCAACUGAGUGGAUGUUUAAGGUUGCUGAGGGUGCAACCGCCCUUUAUAUUGAGCAAUUGAGAGCUAUACAGUCCAUAACCGAUCGAGGAGCACAGCAAUUAUCAACUGAUAUUGAAUACUUGAGCAAUGUACUUUCUGCUCUCUCGAUGCCAAUUCCCCCCAUCUUGUCCACAUUUCAGAUGUGCCUUUCAACUCCAAGGGAUCGGCUCGGUGAUCUUGUGAAAUCUGAUGGUGGAAACCAACUUGAUCUUCCUACAGCACGCCUCGUCUGCAAGAUUCGUCGAGUCACACUAGAACAAUGAGCUAACUCCAUUUCUCGUCGUCCUUGAUUGAGGUGUAAGUAAUGUAGCCUAUGUGGGAUGUCUGUUCCGCUGUUAAGCGGCCCUUGAUAGACAUGAAAGCCCUUGGCAGUCCUUUUUGCAGGAUUUUCUGUCAGGGGCAUUUGAACGAGUGUCAAAGAGAUGGGAAGCCAUUCUUUGUGUGUUCUUUCCGAUGUUUUCUUCUUUAUUCAUCGUCAUCUUUUCAUGUGAAUUUCUUCAUAUUAUUUAGAGAACCGUGGUCUGUAUAUUCCACCAAACGUGUCUGGGAUUGUAUUGAAGGGAAAACCAAUGGUUUGGAAACAGCUAACCCGAGCAUGUGCAGAAAAGUUUCCCAACUUGACAA